ACAAAAUUGUGAGCUAAAAAGUAAAAAUUAACUUUUUAUUCCGCGGUGGAAACAAGCUUCCAUACAUUUUAUCAUCGGUAUCACGAUUAGAGAAACAAACAGCAUUAUUUUGCAGAAAUCUGUUCUGCUUUCAGUUUCAGUAUCUUGGGUAAUAGCAGUAAAGACGAGUCGUCUUCACACACAUCUCUCUCUAUAUCAGUGUAAAAGCGUCACAGUCGAGCGCUGCAGCUCUUUCACUCUUCUCUGGUGGAGUGAAUGUACAUGAUGGAAAUAUCUGUGACGUUCCUCCUCACUGGAUGUCUGAUACAAGGAGUUUUCUGUGAUUUUAAUAUCAAUCUGCCGAAGAGAGUAGAAGCUCUAGAAGGAUCCUGUGUUAUCAUACCCUGCACAUUUGAUAUUGAUCAAGAAUUUAAAAAUGAUCUCACUGAUAGUGCAAAGAGAAUAUGGUAUAAAGGCUUAUGGUCUAAAAACAUAGCGUUUGACUCCAGUAGCCCCAACACUGGACAGUUAAGAGGAGAAAUAUUUGGCAUUCCUACAGAGAAAAACUGCACCACCCGCUUCAAUAAUGUCGAGCAGAAAGAUAAUGGGUCAUAUUCCUUCAGACUUGAGACCAACGGUAGACUGAAAUAUAGAUACCCAAAAACUGUUGAAAUUGUCAUCAUAGAUUCUCCACCCAAACCCACAGUGAGUCUGUUUGAGGAUCAGGAGGAGGUGAAGAAGGUGAAGGAGGGAAGCUCUGUGAAUCUGCGCUGCUCGACUAAGAUCUUCUGUUCCUCUCGUCCAGCAGUUCUCACAUGGAGCUCGUCUCCUGAACACCUCCUCAAGGAGAACGUCACACAACAUCAGCGUCAGAGCGAAACUGAGCUGAUCUCUGAUCUGAUCUUCACUGUAACUCACCGUCAUCAUUCAGCCACUUUCACCUGCACUGUAACACACCAGCUUCAGCAGAACAUCACAAAAUCACACGAGUCCCGUAAGCUACGUGUUCAGUGUAAGACAGAUUAUUUCAAUCAAUACUGUCUGAUCAUCUAGAAUUAAUGUUGUAAAUCAUAACAUAAUUGCCUGAAUGAUUUUCUCCUCCAUCAGAUGCUCCUAAAAGCACAUCUGCACAUGUAAGUCCAUCUGGUUUUGUUCUGGAGAGUCGUUCAGUGACUCUGAGCUGCAGCAGUGAU